CCACCUUUCUCACUUGCUUCCCCAGUCCCGAGCCAAUCCUUACCGUGGUCUGCUGUGAACACACCUGCGCAAAAACGAUUACUUGCAUUGUUGAAACCCUGCACGAGGAAUCCAACGAUCGCUUCGGCCACUGAGCCCUACCAGUCCUUCCCGCCCUACCAAAAUUCACUCGUGGGCGCCCAAAACUUGCUCCACAGCAUCCGGCUGUCAUCUAAUAACCCGCCUUCCAACAAGACACACUCUGUCGCCUUUUGUGUUCUUCAGAAGAAACUUUCAUCCCUCUUGAAAUAAAAAAAACAAAAGAAAAAUGCUGCUGGAGUGGUCGUCAUGGCAGAGAACGCUGAGGUGACCCAAACCUCUACCCCGCCCUCUGCGCAGCCUACCUUCUCUACGAAUCAACCAACUUCUCCCUCUGCCGCCUCCCACACUACUCCUGCCAGCCUUGGUCACGAGGCCACCUUUGUCCGACCAUCAGAUCUACUUCGUCCUAGAGCCAUAUCUCGACCAAUAGCUCCUGCAAAACCGGAAAGACCAAUCGAUCGCGAUGAAAGAGCAGGCCUGAAAGCCAUCCGAGAUUUUCUCAGAGUGCGAAAUUGCUAUGAGGUCCUGCCACUCAGCUUCCGGCUCAUCGAGCUCGAUGUUGGAUUGACCGUGAAAGAAAGCCUCAAUAUUCUGGUCCAAUGUGGAAUCGUGUCUGCACCAUUAUGGGACUCUUCGACCUCGACCUAUGCAGGCCUCCUCACUGUCAACGACUUCUUGAAUGUGGUUCGGUAUUACAACCUACACGCCGACAAGCUGAAAGAUGUGGACAAACUGCUACUGAGCGAUCUGAAAGAUGUCGAGAAAGUCCUCAACGUCAAACCACCCGAGACAGUGUCAGCAUCGCCGGAAGCUAUCCUCUACGAUGCGCUGCGGAAGCAGCUGGUGUCCAGAGCCCGACGUAUUCCACUGGUAUCAUAUGACAGCGAUACUCAAAGAAUGAUGGUCACGAGUGUAAUUACUCAAUACAGAAUCCUCAAGUUCAUCGCAAUGAACGUGAAGGAAACUGAAAUGCUACGAAAACCUCUGGAGAUGAUCAAGCUUGGAACAUAUGGCAACAUUGUUCGCUGCAGUAUGGACACAACAAUGCUGGACGUCAUCGACGAGAUGGUCAUGAAGAACAUAUCCAGUGUGCCCGUGGUGACAACAGAAGGUGUACUGCUGAACGUCUUUGAAGCCGUCGAUGUCAUCGAAAUCCUCAAGACGGGAGAUUAUGGCAACCUCACUUGGACUGUCGGCAAGGCUCUUUCAGCACGAUCGCCGAAUCACCCGGGCAUUUACUGUUGCUCCUUGGAAGACGGCCUCGAUACGAUCAUGGAAACCAUCAGAAAAUCCCGAGUCCACAGAUUGAUGGUGGUCGACGAGAACAAUUACCUUAAGGGGGUUUUGUCACUCAGCGACAUUCUCCAUUAUAUCCUAGUUGAAGGACAGGAGGAAACGAAUCAAGUGUAAUGACCAAGGGCGGUGAUCUUGACUGCAUAGCUUGGCGUUCUCAUUGAAGCAUAAAUCGGCGUUGUAUGGGCAAUCACUCCCUGACAUGAAGCAGACAGGAUAAAAGUGUCUCCUCGGCAUCGAGGUGGGCUGGUAAAGACAAGACAUUGCCGAUGUGUGCUAGAUACAGAAACAAUCAGUGGUGGAAACAGAAGACCCUGCCAGUGCAAGAGGUAGCAAUAGACACCAGAGCGACCUGGCAGAACCUCUCUUUUUCUAUAGAAAACGGAUUGACCACGUAGACUGAAUAAACGAUGUGAUUCCAGGCCAACUGAUACUCAGUUUGUCCUGCAUUGGUG